UGUAUAGACAUACUUUAUGUUGCCUACAGAAGCAAACGAUCUUAAACUCAUCUGGAAAACCAUUAAGACAGCUACGCAGUUUUUAUACCACAGUAUAUAGUUCCGAUAAAUCUGAUAAAGUGCCCAAACUCUUUUACACACACAUAGAUACAGUUCCGCCUUCUUUUUAGAUAUGGCUUCCUCCAGCAGUCUCCUGUCUGAAGAGCAGUUCCUGUGCUCUAUCUGUCUGGAUGUGUUCACUGAGCCAGUCUCCACUUCAUGUGGACACAACUUCUGCAUGGCCUGUGUCACAGAGUACUGGAAUGGCAAGAACAUGUGUCAAUGUCCACUGUGUCAGGAGACAUUCUCGAGACGACCCAAGCUUCACAUCAAUGCAACCUUCAGAGAAGUUGUAGAGAAUUUUAAAAAGACGAGAGACAGACGUAAAGAUGGGUCCCCUUCCAAACCGGAAAUAGUUCCCUGUGACGUCUGUACUGGGAUGAAGCACAAAGCCCUGAAGUCCUGCCUGGUGUGUCAGACCUCUUACUGUGAGACUCACCUUGAGCCUCAUCAGAUAGCCUCACCCUUAAAGAGACACAAACUGAUCAACCCUGUGGUGAACCUGGAAGACAGGAUCUGUAAGAAGCACGACAGAUUCCUGGAUCUGUUCUGUAGGACUGACCAGACGUGUGUGUGUCAGUUCUGCACUGAAACAGACCACAAGACUCAUGACACUGUUCCUAUAGAGGAAGCGUCUGGAGAGAGGAAGGUUCAGCUGGGGAAAACUGAAGCAGAAGUACAGCUGAUUAUCCAGGGGCGACUGAAGAAGGUUAAAGAUAUCAAAUUCUCAGUAGAUCUCAGCAAGAGAGAUGCAGAGAGAGAGAUAGCAGACAGCGUGCAGGUUUUCACUGCUCUGGUGCGCUCCAUUGUUAAAAGCCAGGCGGAGCUAAUUGAGGUGAUUGAGGAGAGGCAGAAAGCAGUAGAGUGUCAGGCUGAAGGGCUCAUUAAAGAACUGGAGCAGGAAAUCACUGAGCUAAAGAGGAGAAGCACAGAGCUGAAGCAGCUCUCACACACUGAGGACCACCUCCAACUUCUCCAGAGCUUCACAUCCGUGGUGUGCACCCCUCCACCCACCAAGGACUGGUCUGAGAUCAGUGUUCACAGUGAUCUCUGUGUGGGGACUGUGAGGAGAGCUGUGUCUCAGCUGGAGGAGACACUGAAUAAAGAGAUGGAGAAGCUGCUUGAAGUCAAACUGAAGAGGAUUCGGCAGUAUGCAGUGGAUGUGACUCUGGACCCCGAUACGGCACAUCAAUAUCUCAUCAUGUCUGAAGAUGGAAAACAAGUACAAUGUGGAGACACACCACAGAAUCGUCCUCCCAAUCCAAAAAGGUUUUAUCAGUAUCCCAUUGUCCUUGGAAAGGAUGGCUUCUCCUCAGGGAGAUUUUACUAUGAGGUGACGGUUAAGCGGAAAACUGACUGGGAUGUAGGUGUGGCCAGACAGCCCAAAGACAGGAAGGUUAAUAUCUCACCUCGCUCUGCGUAUAAACUCUGGACUGUGUCUCUGAGGGAUGGGAAUACUUACAAAGCCUGUACCUUCCCCCCUGUCUUCCUUUCCUUGAGAGAGAAGCCCCAGAAGGUGGGGGUGUUCGUUGACUACGAGGAGGGUCAAGUCUCUUUUUACGAUGUGGAGGCCAGGUCUCAUAUCUACUCUUUCACUGGCUGCACCUUUACAGAGAAACUCUAUCCAUUCUUCAGCCCCUGUAUGAAUGCUGGUGGUAAAAACUCAGCCCCACUCAUCAUUUCUCCUGUCAUUCACACACACUGAUUAAACAAUGGAGGGACAUUUUCAUCAUAACAUAGGUAAUAAAUGUUUUUAUUUGCUGAAAAGACUAUCAACUGAAAUUUACUUAAAGGUGUAGUUGGUUCAACAUAUUAAAAAACCCAAAUACAUGUACAGUAGCAGUCAAAUGUUUGGACACCUACUCAUUCAAGGGUUUUCUUUAUUUUUACUAUUUUCUACAUUGUAGAAUAAUAGGGAAGACAUCAAAACUAUGAAAUAGCAAAUAGUAGUAAACCAAAAAGUGUUAAACAAAUCAAAAUAUAUUUUAGAUUCUUCAAAGUAGCCACUUUUGCCUUGAUGACAUCUUUGCACACUCUAGGACUACAUUUUUUUCUGAGGUCUUGGCUGAUGUCUUUUGAUUUUCCCAUGAUGUUAAGCAAAGAGGCCCUGAGUUUGAAGGUAGGCCUUGAAAUAUAUCUACAGGUACACCUCCAAUUGACUCAAAUGAUGUCAACUAGCCUAUCAGAAGCUUCUAAAGCCAUGACAUCAUUUUCUGGAAUCUUCCAAGUUGUUUAAAGGCACA